UUGAAACUGUCUGUAGGCAACCGAAGUGUAUGUGAAAGGCAAUGAUGAAUGCGCCAGGUUGUAAUAGGCCUGAUGCAGAACUGCAGUGGCAGAAAAUACCGUGUGAAUGGUCCUGAUGAGAGUGUGCGCUGCCUGCCGACGAAGAGGGAAACUAUAGUCGAGUGAUCCGCUCGGUGCGUCAGGACGCACAGGAUAACCGCAGAUGGCCUGUGUAGACUAUCCUAAUUCCAACGGGUUAUUUCAAACCUUAGAGCUUUUUUUUGAGACCGCACGAGGGCGAAUAGUCUACAGUUUGUAAAAAAAAAAAAAUAAUAAUAAUAAAAAAGUGGCGAUCCCUUCCUGUGAACUGAUAGACAUCAGACAUCCAAGAGUCUCAUUUGCCUUACACAGACGUUUUGCGACGGUGGCACAUUUGCUCACUUGCUCACCAUCUAACCGGGGACGGACGGACAGCACGACUACAACUUCAAUUUUGUUCAUAUUCCACCUCAGUUCCACAUUUCCGUCGGCGCUUGACGUUGUUGUAACUCGCAUGUUAUUACUGUUUUUAAGCAGGACAAUGGUGUCGUCGCUGUUAUUUAUUUUGAUGCCCGCACGGGCGCAUUUUCGUGAGAAUCUGCUCUGUCCAUGAGGAUCCCCCCCCACACUCCCCACCCCACUCCCUUUAUCAUAUUUUUUUAGUCGGGUGGAUUUUUCCCCCCUCUACCGUUUUUCGUCGGUUUGUCUUUAAGAUAGCAGGCUAUUAAUUUUUAAUUCUUAUGCAUCCGCACGAAGACGGGACCAGAGAGGAGAAAACGAGUGAUAACCAGAGGGGGAGAGAAGGAGAAGGAGGCAAGUGAGGAGGGAAGCAAGAAUGAAUGAGACACACUGAGCAAUCAAGGAGAAGGAGAUUGGUGGAAUCAAGGAUCACCCUCAGGGAGGGUGUAAGCUGAGGAAGUGCCACCCCACACACCUGUGCCUGCUUACCGCCGCUACGCUUUAGCCCCGCCCCUUGCCCUGCCCCCUGGUCAGCCUCCAACAUGGCUCUUGCAGUCUGGAUCAUCUUUACUUGCGCUGUAGCUUUCAGCAACAUUGCUCCAUCAUCGCAAGCCCUGAGCCGGUCAAUGAUGCCCUUCGGCCUGAUGCGUCGGGAGCUGGCGUGCGAAGGCUACCCGAUCGAGCUGCGCUGCCCUGGAAGUGAUGUCAUCAUGAUCGAGACGGCCAACUACGGCCGCACUGACGACAAGAUCUGUGACGCAGACCCCUUCCAGAUGGAGAACGUGCAGUGCUACCUGCCAGACGCCUUCAAGAUAAUGUCACAGAGGUGUAAUAACCGCACUCAGUGUGUGGUGGUAGCGGGGUCGGACGUGUUCCCAGACCCCUGCCCAGGGACCUACAAGUAUUUGGAGAUCCAGUACGAGUGUGUCCCUUACAAAGUGGAUCAAAAAGUCUUUGUGUGUCCGGGAACGCUGUUGCGGGUGCAGGCGGCCAGUUCUCUGCAGGAGGCGGAGCACCAGGCGGGAGCGUGGUGUAAGGACCCGCUGCAGUCUGGGGACCGCCUGUACGUCAUGCCCUGGACCCCCUAUCGCACGGACAUGCUGUAUGAAUAUGCCUCCUGGGAAGACUUCAAACAGAACCGACCCACCACCACCUACAAGUUGCCAAACAGAGUCGACGGCACUGGGUUCGUGGUGUACGACGGUGCAGUAUUUUACAACAAAGAGCGCACACGAAACAUAGUCAAGUACGACCUACGGACGCGCAUCAAGAGCGGCGAGGCCAUUAUCACAAAUGCCAACUACCACGACACCUCGCCCUACCGCUGGGGAGGGAAAUCGGACAUCGACCUGGCUGUGGACGAGAACGGCCUCUGGGUGAUCUACGCCACUGAGGCCAACAACGGACGACUGGUGGUCAGCCAGGUAAACCCUUACACCCUGCGCUUUGAAGGCACCUGGGAGACCAGCUUCGACAAGAGGAUGGCGUCCAACGCCUUCAUGGCUUGUGGCGUGCUAUACGCGGUGCGGUCGGUCUACCAGGACGAUGACAGCGAAGCAGGCGGUGACCUGGUGAUGUACGCCUACAACACUAACCGUGCCCGCGAGGAGCCUGUCAACAUCCCUUUCCCCAACCCUUAUCAGUAUAUUUCCUCUGUGGACUACAACCCUCGAGACAACCAGCUUUAUGUCUGGAACAACUAUAACGUGCUGCGCUACCCGCUGGAGUUUGGACCACCAGACCCCACCACAGGCCCUUUGACCACCACCCAAGUGACCACCACUCUUCCAGCCAGGCCGUUCACCUCCAGUGCCAGCCCCUCCACUGCCCGCCCUCUGGCCCCGACCUCACGCCCAAUCGGCUCCAUCAACAAGCACCCCGAUCUUCGACCAAUCACAGCCACUGUGCCAGUCACCCGCCGGCCACCUCGCCCUCCUCAAGGCCCAGAGCCCCACGUCUGCGAGGCGAAGCUGGAGCGCGGUGUCCAGUGGCCCACCACGCAGAGAGGAGAAACGGUAGACCGACCGUGUCCCAAAGGAUCUCUAGGCAUUGCUUCGUUCCAGUGCUUGGCGGAACAGGUCAUGUGGAACCCGCGGGGUCCUGACCUGAGUAACUGCACCUCCCCGUGGGUCAACCAGGUGGCCCAGAAGAUAAAGAGCGGUGAGAAUGCUGCCAACAUCGCUGGAGAGCUGGUGAACCACACGCGGGGUCGGAUCCAGGCGGGAGAUGUCAGCUCGUCCGUGCGACUGAUCGAGCAACUGCUGGACAUACUGGAUGCCCAGCUUCAGGCCCUGAGGCCUGGAAACAAGGAGUCAGCUGCACGAAACUACAACAAGCUCCAGAAGCGAGAGCGGACCUGUCGGGCCUACAUCCAGGCGGUGGUGCAGACAGUGGACAACCUGCUGCGUCCCGAGGCUCUUGGGUCGUGGCAGGACAUGAACAGCACAGAACAGGCCCACACUGCCACCAUGCUACUGGACGUCCUGGAGAAGGGCGCUUUCCUGCUGGCCAACAACAUGUAUGGGAAUCGCUUCUCUGACCGAGCGCCCAGCAUCGAUCUGGAGGUGCAUGUUCUAAACACAGAGAUGGACCUGCAGGACCUGUCCUUUCCACAGAACUACGCCAGUGACAGCACCAUCCAGCUUUCAGCCUCCACGAUCAAACAGUACAGCCGCAACGGACAAGUCAAGGUGGUGUUCAUUCUCUAUAAGAACCUGGGAUCCUUUCUGUCCACUGAGAACGCCACAGUGAAGAUGGAAGUGGACGGGCCGAGCCAUGAAAAGAAGCGCCUGGCGGUCAAUUCCCAUGUAAUCGCCGCGUCUAUCAACAAAGAGUCCAGCAGAGUGUUUCUCACUGAGCCGGUGGUCUUCACACUCAAACACCUGGAGCUGGACAAUUAUUACACUCCAAACUGCUCCUUCUGGAACUACUCGGAGCGCUCCAUGAUGGGGCAGUGGUCGUCGCAGGGCUGCAGGCUGCUGGACACCAACAACACGCACACCACCUGCUCCUGCAGCCACCUCACCAACUUCGCCGUGCUCAUGGCUCACCACGAGCCCGAUUACCAGGGCCGGAUGCAUGAACUGAUCCUGUUUGUGAUCACCUGGGUGGGGAUUGUCAUCUCCUUGGUGUGUCUAGCCAUCUGCAUCUCCACUUUUUGCUUCCUGCGGGGCCUGCAGACCGACCGCAACACCAUCCACAAGAACCUCUGCAUCAACCUCUUCAUCGCUGAGCUGCUCUUCCUCAUCGGCAUCGACAAGACAGAGUACCACAUUGCCUGUCCCAUCUUUGCUGGCCUUCUGCAUUUUUUCUUCUUGGCUGCCUUCUCCUGGAUGUGUCUGGAGGGUGUGCAACUCUAUCUCAUGCUGGUGGAGGUCUUUGAGAGCGAGUACUCCCGCAAAAAGUACUACUAUCUGUGCGGCUACUGCUUCCCUGCACUGGUGGUUGGCAUCUCCGCGGCCAUAGACUACAGGAGCUAUGGGACCAAGAAAGCAUGCUGGCUGCGAGUGGAUAACUACUUCAUCUGGAGCUUCAUUGGACCCGUUUCAUUUGUUAUUAUGCUCAACCUCAUUUUCCUCAUGAUCACGUUACACAAGAUGAUUCGCAAUUCUUCAGCACUCAAACCCGACUCCAGCCGCCUGGAUAAUAUAAAGUCGUGGGCUCUGGGGGCCAUUGCUCUGCUGUUCCUGUUGGGGCUGACGUGGGCGUUCGGCCUCCUCUUUAUCAACGAGAACACAGUGAUCAUGGCCUAUCUCUUCACCACCUUCAACGCCUUCCAGGGCAUGUUCAUCUUCAUCUUCCACUGUGCCCUGCAGAAGAAGGUCCAUAAGGAGUACAGUAAGUGUCUGCGUCACUCCUACUGCUGCAGCCGCACCUCCACCACCAGCUCCCACGGCUCCCUGAAGAACUCAGGUCUGCGUGCCAACAACCGCUACUACAGCGGUAGCCAAGCUCGCCAUGCAGCGGCCCACAGACAGAGUCGGAUCCGCAGGAUGUGGAACGACACGGUUCGGAAGCAGACAGAAUCUUCUUUCAUGGCGGGAGAUAUCAACAGCACCCCGACACUGAACCGCGCGACCAUGGGCAACCACCUUUUGACAAACCCAGUGUUACAGACUCGCACUGGUACCUCACCUUACAACACUCUGCUGGCUGAGAGCUUCACCCCGCCCUCACCCGGUGUCUUCAACUCUACCGGAACCUUCCGCGACCCAAAGAGCACGUUAUCUAAGGCCCGCGACCCCUGUGGGAUGGAAACCCUGCCCUUGAAUGGUAACUUCAACAACAGCUACUCCCUGCGCAGUGGCCCAGGGGGUGGAGGUGGGGGCAGCUGUGACUUCCUAGGUAGCGGGGGUGGAGACAGUCCCCCGCCCCUCCUCAAUCCCCGCAGCUCAGAGGCGCUGGGCGGCGGCGGCAUUCGACGAAACCUCUCUGAUGCCGCGGCCUUUGAGAAAAUGAUCAUCUCGGAGCUUGUGCACAACAACCUGAGAGGUGGUGUUGGAGGAGGAAGUGGGGGAGGUGUGGGUGAAGUAGGGGACAGGGUGUGUGGCAGUCUGGCCAGGGGACGUCCUCACGGUGGGGUUGGUCGGGGGACAGUGGGUGCCGGGCCAGAGCCAUCUAUGAGCAUAGAUGAAGAUGAGGACUUUCUGAGAGACGGACGGCAGCGCACCCCGCAGGAUGUGGAGCUACUUUAUAAAGCUCUGGAGGAGCCCCUGCUGUUGCAGCGCGCCCAGUCUGUCCUCUACCAGAGCGAUCCAGAGGAGUCGGAGAGCUAUACGGCCGACCUCACCGAGAGCCUGGGCCACAGUGGCCACAGUGGCCAGAGUGCUGGGGGGCAGGGAGGCAACAGAGCGCCAGACUCCCCUGCCCGUGACUCCCUGUACACCAGCAUCACCAACCUGCGAGACUCACCCUACCCUGACAGCAGUCCUGAGCCCCUGGAGGUGGUGCCCCGCUCGGCCCAGCCCCCUGAGGAGCUGUACUACAGCUCCGGGAGGCCUGCCCUUGGCUCUCGUGGGGCCCCCAUGCAGACCUUCUACCAGGCCCCACCCCGGAGACCGAGUGGGGAGGGACACCAGGCUCAGGAGCCUGCCCACAAUGAGGGAGACGGACAAAUGCAGCUGGUCACCAGCCUGUGACUGGAGCCUGAAGGAGGAAGUUGGGGACUAAUGUGAUGGCCAGAACCGCCUCCUAGCCCGCCUCGUUCUCACAUCUCUCCACUUUCUGCUUGUUUGGUUGCCUUUCUUUCUCUUGACAUUUAUUUAACUAACAGAUGAGCAAACAGAGUGACCUUCAGGGGAAGUCAUGGCUGACUCUGCAGGAGCAGCCUUUAUCUUUAACCCUCCUCUGUCUUAUGGAGAUGAGCGAUGGGUGUUUUUCUGCAGAGCAUUCAUCUGCUCUCUCCAACCCCAGUCCUCCCCAGUUCUUUUGGUACCCUAAGGCCAAGUCCAGCACUCUGAAUGUACCAAUCCACCCCCUUUACCUUCAAAUAUUUCAAAACUCUAAAACUUUGUUAAAGUUUUUUAUGUAAUUUCUCUUCAGACCUGCCUCCGGAGAUGGGAAUAUCAUUUUAUAUUUUAUCUCAUUUCCCUUUCUUACCAUCCAUAGGUCUUUUUUGAGUCAUGAUUUGAUAGGAGUAGUUAGCUGUGGAGACAGGGAAUAUAGUACACUAUUAUAACCUAAAAAAUGUCUCACAGAAAGCUCUUCAUUGUUGCCAAAAAUAUCUUUUAUUGAGCCAGAAAAAAAAAACUAGAACAUUCACAAGGCAAACACACACACACACACACACACACACACACACACACACACACACACAUACACUCACUCACACAUACACUCACUCAUCCAGAAGUGCUCAUUACCGAACAUCAAAAGUGAAAACAGUGCUCCAUCUAAGUCAAACGGAGCAAGAGCUUUUGUUCCAAGCAGGCAGUGGGAGCUGAUUCAGUGUAGUUGCCUUCAUAUUCUCUUGUGAUGAAUCAACAACGAUGUACAGAAGUGGAGUAGAGGCAGAGACGGAGACUGAGGAGGCGUUGCACCACCCUUCCAGAGCAGGAGAACCUGCACACAUAAGACUGGCCAAUCCUCUCCACUGUUCUCUCUGGUUGUUUGCUUUAGGCAUUUGAAAAGUUAAAUGACUGCCUUGCCAUUGUUUUUGAAGAGAGUAUUCAAUUUGUUGACUUUGGGUCUGCAUCCUCUGAGGGGCGGGGGCUGCGGGAGCAGACUGGUGUCACCGCCCCCCUCCCCUGUACUUUGCUGUUAGAGCCUAGCCAGUUGAAGUGGACUUGUUUCCUGCGUGUGGCUGUGACAACCAAGACUGUAAACGUCGCAAACACACCGGUCGACCAAUUGGUAUAACCGUGUAAAUAAAAACCACACAUGAAUCUACUUUAUUCCUGCUAUGUAAAUAGAGACACCAGAUGAUCAAAAGCAACAAAAAGUAACAAAUACUAUGAAAAAUGACUUCUUGUACUGCAACAAACAGCCAAAAGAAAAAAAUAAAAUGUUUUGGAGUUUGUGACCUGAA